AUGCAAGCUCAAACUACCAUCCUGCCACAGACUUCAGCGACCAAAUACGAGGUUCGCGAGUUCCGCGACGUUUCCUAUAGGACAUAUAGAGCCGAGCUCCGAAUACUCCGGCUGCAACUGCUACUCCUCCAGGAGUGGGUCGUCGAACAGGGCAAGCGAGUUGCGAUUGUACUCGAGGGUCGUGACGCUGCCGGUAAGGGAUCGACUGCUUCUGGGAUAACCCACUACCUCAAUCCUAAGUUCGCCAAUAUAGUCGAGCAGGGAAUACCGACAGCCAAGCAGAUGCGUAACUGGCUUGGGACCCACUACAACCAGCUGCCGGUCGGCGGGAACAUUACAGUCUUCGACAGGUCAUGGUACUCUCGCGCCCUUAUCCAGCACGACUACGCACCUUGGAUCGUCAUCGAGUCCGACAACAAGCACCAGGCCAGGCUGAACGUUUUUCACUACAUACUCAACCACUUCGAAUACGACGGCAAAAACCUCAGCCUUGAGUCAAUAGAACCGCACACCAACGGGCGUUACCUUACCGACAUGAUCGUGGACGGCGUCCUGUUCAAGGACAUGGAUCCGGACCAGGUCGAAGUUCUAGAACGGAUUCUCAUGCAUGAAUAG